UCGCCCCAGCCCGCAGGACGCCACUGCCGCUGCCGCCUCUCUCCCCUUCGCCCCCCGGUAGAGACAACCACCGUGCACCGAUUGUAAAACCAACGCGUUGAGCGAGCGUACAAGAGGCAGCAGGCAGCUGCCGAGGAGCGAGCUGGGAGGCGACUCCAGCCUCCUCUCCAGCCAUUUGCGCCUCCUGUACAAUGGAAACUAAACGGUCGAGUAGCGGAAGGGAUGGAGGGCAGAGCUGCCGGGCAGGAGCACAGCCGGGGAUGGAGUAGCAGAUAGAGGGAGGGAUUGAGGGUCCUUCACCUCCAGUUGAGCUGGUUAUAACCAAGACAAGAGCCCUGAUCCACGCAGCGCUGAGCAGAACACAACAGAGCAGAGGUGUGGGAGGGAAAGGUCAGCAGGGGUCAUGAGGGUGUCGGAGGCCCCGGUCGCUGUUCAGAGCAGCUGAAGCAGACAUGGCCAGAGAAGUCUCGGAUGGCAACGAUAGGCUCAGCCUCAUCGACUUCACCAGCUACAUCCUCCUUCGCCACAACCACCACUGGCUUCGAAUCAAGUUCUCUCUACUCGCCAGCACCUCCCAGUAAGACUUUGCAAUGAGAAUGUCCGAUACCGCCGACAGUGAAGCGACGAAGGUUUCCGAGGCCACCGACCCGGCGUCGUCUCCAAACGACAACGCCGCCAAGUCUGAGGUUUCAGACCCGAGCCAGAGCUGCAGAGAUGAGCAGGGCAGCAACAGUAAAAGGGACGCACAGCCUGUGAAGUACUCCAAGUCCAACACCAGGCUAAAGCUGGUGCGGAGCCUGGCAGUGUGUGAAGAGUCCUUCCCUUGCCCUAUUCCUGAGCCUUCAGCAGCACCUCAGGAUGGAUUCCUUCUCCAGCCCUUUGAAAAGGAAGAACGAGGAACGCAGGACCAAGCCGAGAAAGAGGACGUCUCUGACAAGGUGGACAAACCUGAGAAAACGCAGAGGAAAAGGCUGUCGAGAGAUUCCAGUCAAGACUACACAGAUUCAACUGGCAUAGAUCUCCAUGAGUUCCUGGUCAACACACUGAAGGGCAACCCCAAGGAUCGGAGCAUGCUUCUGAAACUGGAACAGGACAUCUUGGACUUCAUCAGCAAUAACGAAAGUCAAAAGAGAAAGUUUCCACCCAUGACGCCUUACCAUAGGAUGCUGUUACACCGAGUGGCAGCCUACUUUGGAAUGGACCACAAUGUGGAUCCCAGUGGAAAAUCAGUGGUUAUCAACAAAACCACCAACACUAGAAUACCCGAUCAGAAAUUCUCCGAGCACAUCAAGGAUGACAGGGCGGACGAUUUUCAGAAACGCUACAUUCUCAAACGAGACAACUCCAGCUUUGAUCGUGAAGACAGCACGAUUCGAAUGCGUUUGAAAGCUGACAAGAGGAGCAAAUCGAUGGAGGAGCGGGAGGAGGAGUACCAGCGAGCCAGAGAAAGGAUAUUUGCACAUGAUGUAGAUCACUAUAUACUAGAUAGAAGCGCGCAGGAUGAAGACGCAUGCAUGAGCACCCAACAGAGGCGGCAAAUGUUCAGGCUACGGGCCGGCCGGUCAGGCGCCAGCCGACAGAGCAGCUCAGAGACAGAAACGCUGCCGCGGCACGGCGAGCCUCGGCCGUGGAGCAGCACCGACAGCUCGGACAGCUCCAACCGGCUCGCCCCGCGACCCGCCAUCACCAAGGCCAGCAGCUUCAGCGGCAUCUCCCCCGGCCUCGUCCGAGGGGACAGCACAGCCAGCAGCAAGAGCACCGGGAGGCUCUCGAAAACAGGUUCCGAAUCAUGCAGUAGCGUCGGCUCCUCGUCCAGCUCGAUAUCCCGUCCCCAGCUGCCUCUCCCAGCUUCGGCCGCAACCCGAUCCAACAUCCUCAACACGCAAUUAAUCCACCCGGCCGCCGACACCAGAGGCCCCGGACACCCGGAGAUGAUCAAGAGCAUCCCAUCGCAGCCGCCGCCAGCUAUAGACACAACCAACUAUUACGUGUUGCCGUUGGAACCCUCAGCGAUCCCACCUGGCAGCGUUCUGGUCAACCCACACACAGGCAAGCCUUUCAUCCAUCCCGACGGCAGCGCUGUACUUUAUAACCCGGCAAGCAUCGUCCCCGCUGCUGGCAGGAUUCCACAGCAGGGGAAACCCCCACAGCAGCCAAUCUCUGCCGCAGGCCAGCAGCAGACCACCAAUCAUCUGCACUCCCAGCCGAUCUGUCCUCUCCAGCCGUCCUCUGAGCCUGUCCACAACCCAAUGGUCUCUUAUCCUCUUCCUCCCUCUCAGUUCCUGCCCAUCUGUCCUAACCAACAGUACACUGUGCCCGACGUCCUAAACGCCCAGUUCAGUCACAUGACUCUGACGCAGCAGCAGCAGCCCAGCGACAGCGGAGCCACAGCUCAAGACAACCGCCACUAUCCAACUUUGUACCACCACCACCACCACCACCCCUCCUCUGUGAUGCUGCAGGGAGCCCCUCCGCAGCAGGUUGCUGGCUACAUGAUGGCAGGGCCAUCAGGAGGACACUCAGGGGUGCUACAGGGUCAUCCUGUCCCACUCCCAACUCCAGGCCUCAACCAAGCGUACUCCAGCUCCACACCGGGCCCCGCUGCUUUUCCCGGGGCCACGUUGAACCAGCCGUUACUCCAGCAGCACGCUUACUUCCAGCAGCCUGUACAGCAGAUGUCCAUGUGUUACUGCUCUUCAGCCCACCACCCACACUGCUCCACUCAGCAUCAUCAACAGCAGCAGCAGCAGCAUCAUCAUCAACAGCAGCAGCAGCAGCAUCAUCAUCAGCAGCAGCAGCAGCAGCAGCACCACCACUACCGACCCCCCGUCAACACGCUGUCCUAUAACUGCCCUCAGAGCCAAAACCUGCCCCAACAAGUGCACCAAGCCGUGAUGCCAAACCCAGCGUCCAGCUACCAGACUGUAGUGGGCGUGCAGCCAACACCCAACCUCGCCCUCACUGGCAACCAGCAAAGCAAUAUGGGCAACCAGAUGCAAGGCAUGAUGGUCCAGUACCCUCCAAUGCAGUCUUAUCAGCAGGUUUCUGUGCCACAGCAGACGUACCAGCAGCCAAUGUUUGUGUCCUGCCAGCCGGGACAGGGGGCGAUGGCUGUUGCUGGCAUGCAGCCCUACUACAGCCUGCUCCCCCCGAACCAGCACACCACCAUGAGUUCAACAGUGAGUUUCCUGCCCGCCCAGAUGAUGGAGCAGCUCCAGUUCCCUCAGUCCCAGUCCCCUUGUGUCUCCCAGCAGCACCCAGGCCAACAGUACGCAGGGUUGUUGCCGCCGGCCCCCAGCAGUGGCAUGGUGAUGCUGCAAAUGACAGCGCCCCCCUGCCAGCAGCCCCGGGCCCCCUCCCCCUGCCAGCGGAAACAGCCCGGCUACAAACACCCAGGGCCCGAGAACCAGCGCAGCCGCAGGCCUGCCGAGCUCCCGCCGCUUCCAGACAUCACCCAGAGCAGCCUGCGCUCGUCCCCGGCGCUCACUCACUCGCCAGGCCAGCCGCCCAGCGUCAAGGGGCUCCUCCCACCAGGCAUCUCGCCCAUCCCUGUCAUGGCCCACCACCCGCAGCUCCCUACAGCCUUCUGCCACAGUGGACAAGGUGAAGCCCACUACUCUCUACUGGGCCAACCUCUGCAUUACAAACCCUCCAUCAGACCUCCGCUGAUCCACACUGCCCACAUGGUGACCAAACACCAGGGUCCACUGGGGGUUUGGCGUAGCGGUCAUGUGAGGAAGGCCAGCAGAAAACCUCUGUCUUCAGAUCUCAGUGUAGGUGAAGCAGUGAGCACUCACAUCCUGGAAGUGACAAAUCCUCCAGAGGGGAUCAGCUGUACAGACUCCAACCACCUCCUGGCAGAGCUCUGCGAAGGGGGCGAACUGAUCCCGCGGCCGUCGGACCACCGGCUGUGCAACACAACCAGAGACGCUCCCGGCAGAGACCUGGCCUCAUCACACUCUGUCUUUGCCAUGCUACCCUCCAGAUACGCUGUCCCAAGCACCGCGCUCCACCACCGCAGCCCCCGGGCUUCCUUUUAAACUCCCAAUAAACACCAGACACGAGCGGGAGCGGCGCGACUCGGGAGAAAGCCGCCUCAUAGCCGCCGAGAUCUCGGUGCAUCUAAGGAGCGCCACAUCAACGCACAUCCAACCACCUGCCUCUGCUGCCUCAGUCUGGACCGUCUCCCAGACCCUGUCCAAAUCCAAAAACAGUAUCUAAUGUUUGAAGAAUGAAUGUUCCUUUUUUUUAUUUUGUUUUUAGUUUCUUUUUAAUUCUUCUCUGGCCAAACAGGCAGCAGCACCCACCACUUCGGGGUUCGUUAGUAAAAAAUGGCCGCUGAGUUCAAUUUGAGGCUUCCUCUUUUCUAAAAAAAAAAAAAAAAAAGCAAGUUUGCUGUUUAAAAGUGUUCAGAGAGCUUUAGGAUUUAUUUGCCAGCUAAGAUGUUUGUGUCUCCACUGUGGCUCUUCUCAUAGCAGGUGUACGAGUGUGACAGCAGCACCAUAUCCAGCAAGACAUACACAUAAUCAACCGGAGUCUGGUUCGAGAAGGUUUUUGUGCCCGCUUUAGACAAUUAGAGGAUAUUAUUUCGUUUCAAUUUCGCAUUCCAUAUCGAAUUCAAUUAAUUUAAGUGAUUUAAUCGACUUAGAUCAGUAAAUUUGUCGCCGUGCUCCAGUUUGAAAGUGAGUUAAUCACAUGAACGGGUGUCGUCUCUUGUAUAACAUGCUCCCGACAAUAAAACACGCCGCAGCACUUGUACCAUGUGAGCCCAUACAAUAAUAAACACUGAAUAAUAGAUCCACUACCUGAAUAAUUUAACAUCACGUUUCUACACAGUGAAUGUUGCGUUUGCACUGAAGUGACGAUCAAGGACGGAGAUUUGAUUUGAAUCAGACGGGGCCUGGAUUCUCCUCUUUUAAACCCCUCAUACCUGUUUGUUGCACUCAGCCAGGCCACUUUCUUUUAUAUUUAAUUAAAAAUGUUUAUAUGCACAAGAAAAAUGCAAUCGAGUUUGUCACUACUUCAUUUUGUUUUGGGUUUUUCCUCUUUGUGUGACUCAUAAGAGGAGUUCUGUGUCCGGCGUGGCCUUUCUUUUUAUUCUUGUUCGACUCUAAUAAAUGUUUUCACCACA